AUGGCCGACGACCCACCCUCCUCCGGCAAUGUCAACCCCGAUGACCAGCGUUGCCAGCCCGAAGCCAAAGUGGAAGACGCCGACACGAGAGCUGCCAGGGAAGAACUCAGGCACAGUCACAUUUCCGACAGCGGUAACGGCGACCCGCAGGCUGCCGGGUCGGGUCAUUCCAGCACAGACAAGCAGAACGAGCAAGGUCAAGACGACGAGAUGAAGCUGCGAUCCGGGAGGGAAUACAACAUUCCUGUGCCGGCCUCCGCGCGCAGAAAUGAGACACCUGAUCUUGCGCCGCCCGAAAGCCUGUCCCGAGACGAUAAUGGCGAGAGGAAGGUCUCGUCACCCAAAAAGAAGCGCGCGCAUGACGAGGUGGAAGCACACAGGGACUCUGAAGGACACGCAAGCAACGGUACCGAUUCUGACGGAUGGGUUAUGGUCGACGAGGGGGGCACGAACAAGGGCCGGUCCGAGCCCCAGAAGAAGCGAGCACGCGACGAGACGAGCCCCCCUGCGGACAUACAUCAGGCCGCCGCAACAACUACUUCAGAUGCCUCCAAGCCCGAAUUCCCAGGCAAGGAUAGCCAACCACCACAGACCUCCCCCUCCAAGUUCGCCGAUUCGGGCUUCGCUAAGCUGGCCUCGUCGUCUGCCUCGCCCUUCGCCACGGUCGGAGCGACCAAGAGUGUGUUCGGCGGUGGAGCCACGGCCUCUCCAUCACCCUUCGCAAGCUUCGGCGCACCACCAGCCACGGCAGCCUCGACGUCGACGCCGCUCAACCCACCAAAGCUCAGCUUCGGAAGCAAGGACGCCUCGGCACCAUCGCCAUUCGCUGCUAUAAACGGCGCCAAACCGGUUUCAGGCGGCUUCGGAAGUGGCUUUGGUGGUGGCAGCCCGUUCUCGAGUGCGCUCGGUGGGGCAGGGCCAAGGACCGGCAACUUCGCCUCGCCUGGGCAACCGCCUAUCAUCAAGAGUGAUAAGCCUGCGAAGCCGUUUGGUGCCCCGGAAAGUGAUGCUGAAGAUGACAGCGAUGACGACGGCGAGGACGGCGACGAGGAGGAGGGUGGUGUGAGUGGUGGAGCCGAUGCGGACAAGGAGAAGGAGAAGGACGAGACUGCCAGCACUCACGAGUCAACGCCUACCGUCGGAGAGGAUGAGAAGAAGGGCAAGUUCAAGCGAGUUGCCGUCGACGAUGGGGAGGCUGGCGAAACCACCAUUGUUCAAGUACGGGCACGCAUGUAUUACCUUGACAAGAGUCCCAACGCGGACAACACAGGGCAAGUCGGCUGGCGUGAGCGCGGUGUUGGAAAUCUCAGGAUCAACGUGCCAGAAGACUCGGUGACAACUGAUCCCGAGACGGGCGCCGUGGACGCGAAAUCUUUCGACCCCUCGGUCCUAAAAGAAAGCACCCCCGAGAAUCCGAAGCUUGUUCGGCUAGUCAUGCGGCAAGACUCGACGCUGAGGGUCAUCCUGAACACGGUGAUGGUAGCAGGCAUGGACUUUCAACUCAAGGAGGGCUUCAAGACGUGGAGCGUGCUGUUCACGGCCAUCGAAGGCGACGACGGCCAAUAUGUGCCGAUAACUAUGAAGAUGAGCGCACAGAACGCGGGAGCCUUCUGUGAUAAGGUGGAGUUGAUCAAGAAAAAAUUGAAAGAGCAAGCCGUCAAGGACGAGAAAGCCAAGGCAUAA